AUGACAGGUUGGAUAUCAUUUAUAACCGAUGAAAUCGGGUUAAGAACAUUAUUAAAGGCAAGAUGUGAUGUCUAUAUUCUUAUACUUCUUCGAAUGCUCAGAUUGGUUGGGUUUGGUGCAACUUCAUUGAUCCUAGUCUUAUUCUUAAAAUCCAUAGGUAUUGCUGAACAGUUUAUUGGAUUGUUCAUGACCUUGACUUUUAUUGGUGAUUUAGUUUCAUCAUUCUUGUUAUACAUGAUAACAGAUCAAAUUGGAAGAAAGAAAAUUAUGAUACUAUGUUGCCUUUUGAUGGCUAUUACUGGCGUGGUAUUUGCAUUAUCUGAGAACUAUUAUUUUUUGGUAAUAACAGCCAUUUUGGGAGUUUUAACACCAUCUGGAGGUGAAGUUGGACCAUUUCGUACUAUUGAACAAAGUUCUAUCGCUUCAUUAGUUCCCCACGAAGAGAGAUCAGAUAUUUAUGCCUGGGAUACCUUUCUUGGCACGUUUUGUUCUGCUAUUGGUUCCAUCUUUGCAGGUACAUUAAUUGAUUUCGUACAAGGGAAUUUUGGAUUUAGUGUUGCACAAAGUUAUAAAUGUGUAUUUUGGGCAUAUAGUUUCCUUGCCGUAAUCUGUGUGAUUUUAUGCUUGUUCAUCACAAAUGAUAUCGAAGUCAAACCAGAGGAGGAUUCGAUUGAUGAUGACGCCUCAGAAACUACACGUUUAAUCACACAACCAGAGGAGGCAACAACAACAACCAAAAAGAAGAGGAAAUUUACGUUAUUACCACCUUUAACUCCUGAUACAUAUUUGAUUGUUCUCAAGUUAGGCUUGCUAUUCGGACUUGAUUCAUUUGCUUCGUCAUUAACUCCACUUUCAUGGAUUUCUUAUUUCAUUAAAAAUAAAUUCGAUGUUCCAUCAUCUUAUCUUGGUUCGGUAUUUUUUACCACCGGAUUUAUUAGUGGUUUUUCUGCUCUUGGUAGCACACCAUUGACCAAAAGAUUUGGUGCCGUUGUUACCAUGGUUUUCACUCAUUUACCAGCCUCUAUUUUACUUGCAUUAGUCCCUGUUCCAUCGUCAUUUAAAGUAACAUUGAUGAUUUUGAUAAUUAGAUCAUGUACUCAAACCAUGGAUGUCGCUCCAAAACAUGUAUUUUUAGCUACAUUGGUUCCCGACAGUCAAAGAACAGCAGUUUUUGGAUUUGUAAAUGUUAUCAAGACAUUAUCACAAGUAGUGGGACCUAGUAUUGUUGGUGUGAUUACCCAACAUGGUGCUCAAUGGAUUACGUUUGUCAUUGCCGGUUCCUUGAAAGCUACCUAUGACAUUGGUAUUUUGAUUACCUUCUUGACAUAUAAUCGCCAUCGUGUACAUUAG